ACGUCACUCAUUUCCCCCAGUGACCUUGACAAGUCAGAAGCUUGAAAGCAGGGAAAUCCGGAUGUCUCAGUUAUGAAGUGGAGCAGCGGGGGCCCCAACAUAUUUCCAGAAGUCUCCAUCCAGACUGGUGAUUGUAUGCUUGUGUUGCUGCCAGUGGCUGUCUGAAGUGCUUCUCUAGCUCUGAAGGGGUUGGCACAAUGACCAAGUGCUUCAGCCCGGUGCUGCUUCUUGCAUCCAUCUGGACCACAAGGCUCUUGGUCCAAGGAUCUCUCCAGGUACAAGAGCUUUCCGCAAUGCCAUGCAGAAUUAUGGGGGUGACCCUUGUGGAAAAAAAGACAAACCUGCAGCUGAACUUCACAGAAGCCCAGGAGGCCUGUAGGCUGAUGGGACUAACUUUAGCCAGCAAAGAUCAGGUUGAAGCAGCAUGGAAGUCUAGCUUUGAGACUUGCAGCUAUGGAUGGGUUUCAGACCAGUUCUUAGUCAUCUCUCGGAUUCUCCCAAACCCCAAGUGUGGAAGGAAUGGAGUGGGUGUCCUGACUUGGAGUAAGCCUGUCAAGGAAAAGUUUAGGGCCUAUUGUCACAACUCAUCUGAUAUUUGGAUUAACUCAUGCUCUCCAGAAAUUAUCACCACUGAAGAUCCCAUAUUCCACAUCCAAAGUACAACAUAUACCACAGAAAUGGAUGGCAGCGACAAUGUACACCCAACUUCAUCUACUGGUGUCCCUUACUCCACUAAACCUCCUCCUGUUCUGACUUCCACUUCUCCACGAAGAAGGAAAUUAAUUUGCAUAACAGAAGUUUAUAUGGAAACUACCACCACAUCUACAGAAACUGAAUCACAUGGUGAAUAUACAUCAAGAUUCAAAAAUGAAGGUGCUGGGUUUGGAGGUGUUCCCACGGCUUUACUGGUGCUUGCACUCCUGUUCUUUGCUGCUGCAGCUGGUCUUGCCAUUUGCUACGUCAAAAGGUAUGUAAAGGCCUUCCCUUUUACAAACAAGAAUCAGCAGAAGGAAAUGAUUGAAACCAAAGUAGUAAAGGAGGAGAAGGCAGAUAAUAGCAACCUCAAUGAAGAAUCAAACAAAACUGAUAAAAAGCCAGAAGAGCCCAAGAAUCCUCCCAAAACUACAGUGCGAUGCCUGGAAGCUGAAGUUUAGAGGA